UAACUAACCUCACAUUUGCAAUCCGACUACGACACAAACAACGUGGUGUGUUGCGGUGAAAAUUUAUUUAAUUUAAUCAGUAAUAUUUGAGUAAAGAUGAAAUACAUCUUGGUGACAGGUGGUGUUAUCAGUGGUGUAGGUAAAGGAAUUAUAUCGAGUUCCUUUGGAACGAUCUUGAAAAGCUCUGGGCUUGAAGUAACAUCCAUAAAGAUUGAUCCUUACUUGAACGUAGAUGCUGGUACAUUUUCCCCUUAUGAACACGGUGAAGUUUAUGUCUUGGACGAUGGAGGCGAAGUUGAUUUAGAUCUUGGAAAUUACGAAAGGUUCCUAGAUAUAACUUUGCAUCGAGAUAAUAACAUAACAACAGGUAAAAUAUACAAAAAUGUCGUUGACGCUGAAAGGAAAGGAAAUUACUUGGGUAAAACUGUCCAAGUUGUCCCUCAUAUCACAGAUGCUAUACAAGAAUGGGUAGAACGAGUAUCUCAAAUACCUGUUUCACUGAAUGGAAAAACCCCAGACGUUUGUAUCAUUGAGCUUGGAGGAACAAUUGGAGACAUAGAGAGUAUGGCAUUUGUUGAGGCUUUCAGGCAGUUCCAGUUCAGAGUUAAAAGAGAUAACAUUUGUGUCGCUCAUGUAAGUUUGGUUCCUCAACCAAGGAGUACAGGAGAACACAAAACGAAACCUACCCAAUCAUCUGUAAGAGAAUUGAGAGGUUUGGGGCUAAGCCCCGAUAUUAUAGUAUGCCGAUCAGAGAAACCUUUUGGGGAUAGUGUGAAAGAAAAAAUAUCAAACUUCUGCCAUGUAAAUCCAGAACAAAUUAUAAGUAUUCCCGAUUUGUCCUCCAUAUAUGAAGUUCCUGUUCUGAUGGAAAACUAUGGAAUGAUUGAAUAUCUAAAUGAAAGGUUAAGUCUUGGCAUUGGUUCACUUGCACAAAGCAAACAAAACAUGAAGAAAUGGAGGAAUUUGGUAGAGCGUAUCAAACACUUGAAAUAUGAGGUUAAUAUUGUUAUUGUGGGAAAAUAUACUCAGUUGGAAGAUGCUUAUGCAUCACUUGUAAAGGCCAUACAACAUGCCAGUAAUCAUUUGGGAUAUAAGGCAUGCAUUCAGUUCAUUGAAGCUUCAGAUUUAGAAAAGGACACCUUAUUGACGAAUCCAGUUGCUUAUCAUGAUGCUUGGAGGAAUUUAUGCAAAGCUGAGUGUGUAGUGGUUCCAGGAGGCUUCGGAAAAAGGGGUGUAGAAGGAAAAAUAGAAGCGUGUAAAUGGUGCAGAGAAAACAAGAAACCUUUCCUCGGUAUAUGUCUUGGUUUCCAAACUGCCGUUAUUGAGUUUGCCAGGAACGUUGGAAAGCUCGAAGGAGCCCAUUCCACUGAAUGUUGUGAAUCUACACCCCAUCCAAUCAUUAUCGAUAUGCCAGAACAUAACCCUGGAGAAAUGGGUGGAACAAUGAGACUGGGAAAACGAACGACCGUGUUUAGAUCAGAGUUUGAUUCUAAAUUGAGGCAUUUGUAUAAAUCUGAAGAAAAGAUUGAGGAACGUCAUCGUCAUCGAUAUGAAGUGAACCCUGAAUAUGUGGAAAGACUGGAAAAACUUGGACUUCAUUUCGUAGGUGUGGACACUGAUCAAAAACGUAUGGAGAUCUUAGAACUUCAAGACCAUCCUUAUUACGUCGCUGUACAGUUUCACCCUGAGUAUCUUUCAAGGCCAUUGGCCCCAUCGCCACCUUUUGUCGGACUCAUUUUAGCCGCUAAGGAAAAAUUGAGUUGUUACAUUGAUAAAGGUCUGAAACUGUCGCCACAAGCUCAAUCUGAUUAUUAUGACUCAGAUGACGAUUUAGAAAAUUUGGCAGCCAAACUAACCGUUAAUGAAUCUGACAGCAGUAGCGCUUACAGCAGCUCUAGUAUUCCUUGAAAAUUCUCAAAGCGGUCUGAAAAAAAAUAAUUGAAUGUGAUAAAGUGUUGCAAAUUUGAAAGAAAUGUGAAUUUUGGGCUCGAAUUAUUCAUUCAUUCCUGUAUUUUAGAUUAAUUAAGAUCAAAAAUGUACCUGUUUGUGACGCUAUCGUUAAAGAUAUUAAUUUUGGAGAAUUAUCGGGAGCCGUUCUCUCGUUCCCGCUUUAAUCUGUUAUAGAUUUCAUUGAUUAUCUGGAUAUUUUAAGUGGAAUAUCUGAAAAUAAAUUUUCACCGACUUA